AUGGACGGGGAGCCCCUUACCACUGCCGCAGCUCCCCUUCCGACGGCGACAACGACUAUCGCCUUUUUAACGCCUGCAAUUAGUGAGAACAUUCUUAACGUCAUCCCACUUAUCUCAACCAGCGCCACCAACACCACCACUGUCAACGUCCAAACACCAAAAUUGCAGCAAAUGGAAGUCCGAUAUGCACCCGCUGCCCAAGGAGAGGCAGUAACCACAUGUGUCCGACUUGUCACAUGCAAACCCCACGACAGCGGUAUUCACCGCAAUAUUGAAAUCUCAAAACAACCUAGCCAUAUCUGA